AUGGCAAGCAGCGAGUCGUCCAACGUGCGGGUGGCAGUCAGGUGUCGCCCAAUGAGCUCCAGGGAAAAGGCGCAGGGAUGCCAGGCCAUCAUUUCGGUGGAAGACAACCAGAUUAGCAUUACGGACCCGACUGAAACGGGCGGAAGUAAGCGGGAACCGAAGGCGUUUAGCUACGACUUCGCAUACGACUGGACUUCGAGCCAGGAAGGAGUUCACCUUGACCUAGGGGCACCGAUCGUUGAGAAGGCUUUGCAGGGCUACAACGCGACAAUUUUUGCGUAUGGCCAGACGGGGAGCGGGAAAACUCACACGAUGAUGGGAGGAGGCACGCCAGAUGGGAUCAUCCCCAGGCUGAACACACAGCUCUUCUCGGAAGUGCAGGGGUUAACAACGGACACCACCAAGUGCCUUGUCACGGUGAGCUACCUCGAGAUCUACAACGAGGUGGUUCACGAUCUUCUCAACCCUAAGAAGGACGUUAGCCUUAAGAUCCGCGAGCAUCCCGACCUCGGCAUCUACGUCGAUGGGCUUUGCGAGCUCGUCGUGAAGAGCGAAGCGGACGUGCUGACACUGAUAGAGCAGGGCGGAGCAGUGCGGAAGGUGGCGAGCACCAACAUGAACGAAAGAAGCAGCAGGAGUCACAGCUGCUUCACCAUCAAGGUGGAAAAGAAGACUACAGAAGAGCUAAGCGACGGGGUAACUCGUGAAACGAGCCUGAAUUCCAAGCUCAACCUGGUGGAUUUGGCAGGUUCUGAGCGGUCGAAGAAAACGGGUGCUACAGGAAAUACUCUCAAAGAAGGAUCCAGCAUCAACAAGUCAUUGCUGGCUCUAGGAAACGUCAUCACCGCCCUCUCGGAAGGGCGCCUCAGCCAUAUCCCUUACCGCGAUUCCACUCUCACCAGACUCUUGCAGGAAUCCUUGGGUGGAAACGCUCAGACGUUGAUGCUGGCUGCCAUCUCUCCGGCGGACUACAACUACGACGAAACGCUAGGAACCCUACGGUAUGCGCACCGAGCAAAGAGUAUUCAGAACUCCGUCAAGUGUAACGAAGAUGUGAACGAAAAGGUGAUCCGGGAGCUCAAAGAGGAGAUCGAGAAGUUAAGACAGCAGCUCCUUCAGGGCGGGGGAGGCGGAGGGGGCGGGGGCGACAACGAGGAGGCGGCGGUCCUUCAGGCACGCAUGGACGAGAUGUUGUCCGCCCAGAAGAGCAGCUGGGAAGAGAAAGAGAAGCUGUCAAAGCAGCUCGAAGAGGAGCGGCACAACAAUGUCAACGCUGCGAUUGGGCAGGUGGUGAGCGAGGUGAAGGCCAAGAAGAUGGAGACGAUGAAGGGGAUCAAGCGGCUGCAGGUCCAGAAGGAGAACCUUUCCAAGAAGCAGAAGCAGGCGAAGGCGGACUACGACAAGACCAAGAGCGAGCUGCAGGCAGACAUGGCCCAGUACCAGAAGGCGCAGACAGACUUCGACGCAUUGCCACCGGGAGACCCCAAGAGAGACGAAGCAGAGGGUGCCAUGGGCGCGCUGCUGGACAGUAUCGAGGCCAAACGAGCCAUUCUCCUUGCGGCCAAGGAGAGCGCAGAACGCACACGAAAGGAUGCACGCAAGCUCGAUGCCCGUCUCACAGAGGAAAGGGCCGAGCUGGUCGCGUCCAACGGCCUCCUGGACCAAAACGAGCGCUUGAGGGCGGCCAUCGUAGCAGAGGAGAGGGAAAAGUUCCAAUCAGAAAAGGAAGCAUUAGUUGAAGCGGCAGUGGAAGAAGAAAAACGACGGAUCCUGGAGCAGAAGGAGGAGAUGGAAAAAUCCGCCGACGAGAUUCGAGAGGGUUUCCUCCAGAAGGAGGCGUUACUCGAGGGGAAGAUAAAAAAGCUCGAACUCGAGGGGAGGGAAUCCGACGCCCGCACAGAGGCGCAUAUGAAUGAUAAAGAAGAGCUGGAGAACAAGCUUGCCGAAGCCGAGGUAGCGCUGGACUACGCCCAGGCAGAGGUGGCGGAACUCCGGGGCAAGAUCGCGGCGAAGGAUGUCGAGAUCGCGGAAGCAAAAUCAGCAAGAGUUGGAGGAGGCGAGGGGACGGACGCGGAAGGAGAAGAAGCGAGAAAGGACGAAGAGUACAAAAUCUUCAAGGGGUUACUGGGAGCGUUUGACGAAGAGCGGCGGAGGUUCAGAGCCCGAUUACGAGAGCAGGAGCUCCUGAUGCAGGAUGCCGUGCGAGAUAUGUUGUACUUGAAGGAGAGCAACGAUGAGCUAAGGCUGAAACUCAAGCAGGCCGCAGAUUGGGAUGUAGACAUUCUCUAG